GAUAAUGUGUGUCUGGGGUGAAUAUUUAAUUUAUGUCUGAAUCACUGUAAGUAUUUCCUGUUGUGCAGCUUGCUGAAAAAUCUCUUUGAAUAGUCAUGUAAUGUAGCUUUUAUGGUUUAUUCUAUACAAAAUUGUUACAAAAAAAAUAAUACAACAGAAAACAAUACGAGACUGAUAUUUGAGUAGAGGCCGUACUAUUGAAACUGGGACUUGGACUACUGGAACUACUUAUGUUAUUAUUGUUGAAAAUAGAGAUAUAUGUGCUAUAGUUGUAUAUUCUUUACAAAAACACUCUGUUUGGUGUAAAUGCUGAAAGUGAGAUGACAGAAAUCAACAUGCAAGAUCUAACUGUGAAGAAUAUUUCUUUUACAACUUUCACACUAAAUGGUUACCAUGAUUUAAAGGAAUGGAGGCCUAUAUUAACCAUACCCUAUCUUCUUAUGUUUAUAUUCUCAUCCACCUCUAACUCAUUUCUGAUAUUUUUAAUUAUAACCCAGAGAGCUCUGCACUCUCCAAUGUUUGUAUUAAUUGGCCUGAUGGCUGCUGGGGAUCUGUGUUGGCCAAUAUUUAUUGUACCAAAUAUGCUUUUCAACUUCUUAUUUGACUGGAAACAGAUUUCUCGUGUGGGCUGUUUAAUACAGAUGUUUUGUGUUCAUUUUACUGGUACAUUUCAAUCUACUUUAUUGCUGUGGAUGUCUUUGGAUCGGUUCUGUGCUAUUUGCAAACCUCUUUCUUACCACACAUAUAUGCAAAUGCCCAACUUUCUAAAGUUUGUUAUUGUGCCAGUAAUCAGAAAUAUAAUCAUAGCUACUGCAAUGGUGUCUUGGGCUGGGAAAUUGCAGUUUUGUAUGAAAAAUGAGAUAAAUCACUGUUUUUGUGAGCACAUGGCAGUUGUUCAGCUGGCAUGUGGAGAUAUUUCUAUUAACAACAUACUAGGACUCUUAACUCUUUUCUUUAUUUCAGGUGCAGAUUUUGUACUUAUUGCUGUAUCUUAUGUAAUAAUAUUUUCAGUAGUCAUAAAAUCAGGAAGGUCUCACUCUAAAGCUCUUAACACUUGUGUUACACAUAUAAUUGUUAUAUCUGGUACUUUAGUAUUUGCUCUGCUGUCUUCUUUGUCAUAUAGAAUUCCAAAUAACUUUUCUCCUAAUAGCCGUAUUUUUCUAAGUACUAUGUAUGUACUUUUUCCAGGGUGUUUUAACCCAAUCAUAUAUGGAUUAAGAACAAAAGAAAUAAGGGAACAGCUUCUGAAAUUCAUAAAUCUUGGUAAAGUCUUACCACAAUAAUCAAAUCAAAUAAACUUGUUUUUUUUUUCUAAAUAACCACAGAGACCUAAAGGGUAAUGUGUGUUAAUGUUACCUUGUGUUACACUGGAACUGAUCACAGUCGCUGAUUAAAAUGAAGAAAAAAAUGAAUAAACAAUUCAUUAAUGAAUGAAUGAAUGAAUGAAGUUUUAAUUAU